AUGGCUUUACAAGUUUACAUUUCUCACACCGGUGCGGCCUUACCAUACAAUGAUCCUUCCUCGCGCGUGGACGCACUACGGUCCUGGAUCGAGGCCGCUGCCGCCAUUCCCGUCAACCGCCAGAUUUUGAUGACUGCGAGAGGCAAAAUUGUCAAGAAUCUGGCAAACGAGUCCGAAGUCUUCGUUUACGAUAAGGAGUUUCUGGGUCCUAACUCCAAUCCUCCGCCUAAUACGAACCCGAACCUUGACACCCUACAGGAGCCUCCUUCCUCCCUUGCUGACGAAACCAGCCUCGGGGCAUGGCAUGAACUGUUCAAGUCUAGACAAGGCUGGGCUGCUGAUGCUUUCGAUAUAGCAAGAGCCGGCGUGGAGAACCUCGAGGUUUGUGCUGAUGAAGCGACGGUCAUUGCCCGAUCAAUGAAGGUCGCCCUUGAUAAUUUGAGAACCCAUAUCAUUGGUCUACAGCAAAAAUUUGAGGAGACCAAACAAUGGGCCGAAGGCUACAUUCAGGAGCAUCGGGAGGUGCUCAAAGACUGGCAGGGCAGUGCAGACGUUCUAGCAGAACUACCUGUGAGAGAGGACGUUGUUCGCAUUCUCCGUCGUUCGGCUGAGCCAGACAGUACUCGGGCCAAUACCCCUAUUGGAACUUUGUUUGAUUUGAUCGAUCGUGAUGGGUUGCAGAGUGCAGCUACCAGAGUGGAACAAACGUCGAACCAGUUCGAGAAGAAUCUUCGCGAGUUACAGUCGAGCAUUACAGCUUUAGAACAAGAUGCAGAACGAGCACAACCCCAAGAUCCUCAAAUACCAGAUAUUGAUACCCAUGGUCUAUUGGAAGAAGCAGAGACCAUAGCAAAACGGAUACGCACUGAUAUGGACGACGUUCUGCAGAUGCCGGAUAAUCAAAAGUCUGUCGUAGCCGUGUCCAGGAAGGCUGCAGUCCAUACCAGAGAACUCCUCCCUGCCUUACAGGGUGUGGUGGAGGAAAUUAUUCAAGCAUCGAUGGCAACAACGGACGCAAGAAACAAUGCUUCCGCUGGCUGGUACUUGACCUUGCAGAAUAUCUCGCGUCUUCAGUCCCGUCUUCAAGAAUUGCAACCCCAGAUUACCAAUCUGGAUUUUACAGCUAAUGAUGACUGGCAGGCUCUCAACCGAAUCUUUCAAUUACCUCUGGUCUAUGGUGAUACCUUGAUAGAGGCAACGAGGAGGUCCGAAUGGACAGAGAAGAUGAGGGUUGAAGUCGAGGGUCUUCAUGAUGACCUUUUGCAUCAAACUGAGGAAGAACAACGACGUCGAAAGAAAUGGACUGCUGCUCACAGCGACUUUCUGAGCGAUGAUUUGAACGCCAAAGAUGCUCUGAUUGACUUGAAAACUUCAUCACCACGAAACUCUUGGCCAUUCGUCAAUCGCGAUGAAAUCUUCGCUUGGAUUGAUGAUCUACGCGCCUUGGGAAUUGAUGAUACAGUGCAAGCUAUCACUCAGCGGUUGAAGGAUUUGGACGCUGUGGUUCGCAAGCAAAGAUCAAAACCAUUCAAAAAUGGAAGUAUACAUGACCUCUCACAGAGCGCAGCUCUCCGGAAUGGAGAUGAGAUCAGAAGUCUGCACGACGAAAGAAGCCGGCUUGAAGAGAAACUCAGGGCCUCCGAUAGCCGGGUUCGUAAGUUGGAAGAUCUACUCCAUCGACAAAGUCAACUUAGUCGACCAGCGAGUGGAAUCUUUGUGCCUGGGAGUGCGGCUGAUUUUGAACGGCAAGCUCCCUCACCAAGUCCUUAUAACCAACCGAGCGAUUUAUCACGUAGAUCGUCAGUUUCCACGCGAAGGAUGUCGAAUACUCAAGACGACAAAUUAUUGGUGCAGAAAAUACUAUCACUAGAAGGUCAUAUUCAGAAGCUUCAAGAUGAGGCGCACGCUGAACGCCGAUCAAGCACCGAGAGCAGAGAUAAGAUGCAGGAGGCCGAAUCUAUUAAGCGAGAUCUGAUGGCCAAUUUCGAGGCCCAAAAGCAGGAGUUUGAGGAUGAACGACAGCUUUUGGACGAUGAAGUCCACAGAUUGAAAGUCAAAAUGGAGGAAGCGGAGGAUGAGCUCGAUCGUCUCAAUGAGUCCCGAGACCAUCUCCGUAAUAUGCAAGAAGAAAAUAUCGCCGACUUACGAAAUGAAUUGGAACAGCUCAAGAAAGGGAAUGCUGAAGAGCAAGCUCAAUCCCAGCGCAAGCUAGAAAGCGCUCAGAAGGACAUAUCCCUACAGCGUGACAAAGCUUCAAAUCUCGAGCGUCAGAUACACCAAAUCAAAGAAGAACGAGCCACUGCCCAAAGCCAAAAUUUGACACUGGCAAAUCAAAUCCGAGCAAUGGAGGACCGUCAGCAAGAGUAUGUCGGUAUCUUGCAAGUGGUUCAUUCAAAUCUCUCACCUGCAGGAUCUGCUCCAGAAGACUUGCGUCGCCUUGUUAAUGCUCUUGAGAUCCUGUCUGAAGGAGCAGCCAUCCACGCCAGAGGGCUGGAUGACUCCUUGCAAUUAGCAAUUGCAGAGAACAAGGCUCUAGAAGAGAAAGUCAUACAAGGUGAAUAUCAAAUUAAGUCGUUGACGUCUCGAUUGUCGGCUGCAGAAACAAGAGCGAGCGAGACCAGGGAGAACCUUGAUCAAGAAAAAAGUAAAGUGUCUGCAUUACGCUCCGAACUUGCUUCAGAACGCACUGAGAUGCAUAGUCUACGGGAAAAAUUUGCUGCUGGAGAGACAGGUUCGGGAGCUCUCAGACAGCAGCUCCAAUCAGAGGAACAAAAAGUUGUUGAUUUGAUGGAAAGCAAGGCCAGUGAUGAAAGUUCUAUACAGAAAUUGAGAUACGAGGUUGAGAAUCUCACGCAAGACCUCAGCGCGUUGAAUGAAAGACAAGAAAAGCUCAAGAAGCACCAUGACAAACGUGGUGAAAAAGCUAAACAACUCUCCGAACGUCUAUUCCAUCACCAUGAUCGCAUUAUUCGCAUGCUCGAGCAAUUUGGCUAUUCUGUUUCUCGACAAGAUGAUGCUCUGGUCAUUCAAAGGGCUUCCAAGGUCAAUGCAUCAAGUACAAUGAUAAGUGGUGCUGAGGGAUCUUCGAGCAUGAGAAGAACCAUUUCAGGCUCUGUGCCACCACAGCAUUAUUCUGACCCAUCCGACUUGGAGACGUUAUAUUGGAUGUCUGAUACAGAUGUCGCAAACGAGAAUAACAAAUACCAAUCAUUUGUCACAGCUUUGCAGCGCCUGGAUGUUGAUACGACUAUCGAUCUAAUCACCAAGCGUUACAAAGAUGUUGAGACACUUGCCAAGAAAUAUCAAAAAGACGCUCGAGGCUACCGUGAGCGGACUCAUCGACUCCAGGCUGAAGCACACGACAAAAUUGCUUACCGAUCGUUCAAGGAGGGUGACCUUGCUCUCUUCCUUCCAACUCGCAAUCAAGCAACUCGGCCAUGGGCUGCCUUCAAUGUUGGUGCGCCUCACUACUUCCUUCGCGAGCAAGAUGCACAUAAACUUCAAGCCCGAGACUGGUUACUUGCGCGCAUUACCAAAGUCGAAGACCGCCUGGUUGACUUGUCCCGAUCCAUGCGUGGUUCUGCAAUGGCUGAAGCGAGUGAUGCAGGCUCCUUGCGCUCCACUGAUGAUGAAAACCCCUUUGAACUCUCCGAUGGAUUGAGAUGGUACUUGAUUGAUGCGGUUGAAGAGAAGCUCGGCGCUCCUGGAACACCAUCGUUGGGCAAGUCCACCGUUUCAGCAAGCAACGUCGAGGUGAAAGGACACAUGGGGCGUGAGAAGCAAAUCGGAGCUUCUGGUUCCGGAACUGCCAAUACUACGCUCGUCACGAAGACAUUGACCAAGAGUCUUGACUCUCGUCGCUCAAGUUCAGGCAGCAAGAAGAGCAUGGAUCUUACCCGCAAGCGUGGCGAAGCAAGUAGUAGCAAGGAUAUACAAACCCCUUUAGCACCUAUUGUUAGUGACACAGAUGCGGAAAGGGAUGGAAAUAGCAGCACAGUACGCAGGAGCCAUAGCAUCAGCAAAGACAACGGAGUGGGAUCCCCAUCGUCGUCUUUUGCUGCAGGUGCAGCAAAAACAACAGGGAUGAACCUACCACCUAGCGUGGUACGGCAGCCCUCUGAGACAGGUCAGACAGACAGAGAGGAUGCCCAUGUCUUUGAAGUGGUGAGGCGCGAUCUCCUGCUCGGUCCUUAA